AUGACAAGAACCAAGCGACAAAGCCAACUCCGAGCUCAGCAAAGGAUGGGCCCCUUCUCCCCGGGUAAACCUGGUGCUCUCAGUGGGCGCAUGGCCCUUGAUCACCAGGAAUUUAAAGGGAGAAGAGUGGUCUUUCCUCCGGCUGUUUCACAAUCAUCAACCCAUCCGCCUCCAAGCCCCUUGGCCCUGGGUGAUCCUGGUCUGCUCAAUGGGUGUAUGGCCCUCGACCACCAGGAUUAUAAGGGGUCAAGUGUGGUUUCGUCGUCAAUCCGUUCAUCAGAAAAUCCGGAAGCCCCAAAGUCAAGAAAUCCGCCGCCUAAGCAUGCCUCAGGAACCGCCAAGAAGAUUGCUAGAUUACAAAAGAAGUUGGGAUGCGAUGAUAAUGUUUGGAUACUUCCAACCUCGAUUUCUUUGAAAAAAAUAAACUCCGAUAAACCCAUUCAGAUUCUACCUAACUUGAACCGCCCUCGCAACCUUGUCACGAGUUCAGGCGGUGUCCCUCAUUUUAUCCUCGAACGUCAUCCAUUCGACAUAAAACCUCCGACACAUGAGUUUCAAGAACUCUCCAAUGUCAUCAAAACCCUCUAUCAAAUGGCCCAAAAUAGGCCCACGAACACAAUGAAUACAAAACGUUUGGGCGGAGAGAUGCGUAUGAUUGGCUUUCGUUGUGCUUCUGAUAGGGGUAAAAGAGGUGGAACAUAUGUACGGAAUGACUUAACACCUGAAGAAGAGGCUAAGGACGACCAGCUUUGGGAGAAGCUCCAAUCUCACAACGAUUUUCUUGCCCGCCGUAUGGAAUCCCUCUGUUCUAGCGCCUAUCAAGAAAACCAAUCCAUCAUGUGUGACUACGGAAUCCCCAAUUGGAGUCAGGAGGAAUGGUCAGAAAUGAGGAAGGAGGAGGAUGUGGAGUAUAAGUUUGCCUCAAAUGUCUCAGUCACAUUCGACAAUUUUUACAACAAAGCUCAUCAAGAUGAGGGUGAUCUCAACGGCUGGACCUACGACACCCUUAUCUCAUUGACUUUGUACAUUCGAAUGGUAUUGUAG